AGCACGACAUUAAGCGAACACGCCCCUUUGCAAGACCGCCGCGUUCUCGGUAACGUUCGUCUUUCUUCGUGCAUGCUGCCACCAUUUUACUAGCUACUGUGCUUCUUCAGACGAGGUUGGUGUGGCUGACGGUCUAGCAAUCAGCAUCUAAAGGCGGACAAUAUUUCUCUGGCAAUGGACGGUGAUGUCGCGGUUGGUGUGAAGAGGGGAUCGGAUGAGUUGCUCUCAGGGAGCCACUACAACAGCCCCAACUCCUCGGUCACCUCGAAUGGAAGUGACAGUAAGAAGCUGAGGGUAGAGGAGAACCCACCCUCCCGGGUUAUCCAUAUCCGGAAGCUCCCGAAUGAGGUGUCCGAGACAGAGGUCAUCGCCCUGGGCCUGCCUUUUGGAAAGGUCACCAACAUCCUUAUGCUGAAGGGUAAAAAUCAGGCGUUCCUUGAAAUGGGCACAGAGGAAGCAGCCAUCACCAUGGUGAACUAUUACACGACAGUGACUCCCCAAGUGCGAAAUGUCCCUGUUUUCAUCCAGUACUCCAACCACAAAGAGCUGAAGACAGAUAGUGCUCUUAAUCAGCGAGCUCAGGCAGUGCUGCAGGCAGUGUCGGCUGUGCAGGACGGGAGCUCCCCCAACUCCGAGUCCGGAGGCAGCGAGAGUGUGCUACCGGCUCCCAGCCCCGUGCUCAGGAUCAUCAUCGACAACAUGUUCUACCCAGUCACACUGGACGUGCUGCAGCAGAUAUUCUCAAAGUUUGGUACAGUCAUGAAGAUCAUCACUUUCACCAAAAACAACCAGUUCCAGGCUCUGCUUCAGUACAGUGAGCCAGUCAACGCUCAGCAAGCCAAACUGUCUCUGGAUGGCCAGAACAUCUACAACUCCUGCUGCACGCUGCGUAUCGACUACUCCAAGCUGGUGAACUUGAACGUGAAGUACAACAACGACAAGAGCCGCGACUACACACGCCCGGAGCUGCCGGCUGGUGAUGGCCAGGACUCCAGCAUGAACAAGGACUCCACCUCUCUCCUCGGUUCUCCAACUGCAGCUCCCUUCUCUAGUGGUGGAGGCUAUUCGUCUUCUCUUUGCCUAGCACAGGGCAGAGGAGCCAUUUCCCCGCUGAGUGCGGCGGCGGCGGCAGCAGCAGCGGCCGGCAGGGUGGCCCUUGCCGGCCACUCGGGCUCCAGCGGCGUGCUCCUGGUCAGCAACCUCAACGAAGAGAUGGUUACGCCCCAAAGUCUCUUUACCCUCUUCGGAGUGUAUGGUGAUGUGCAGCGCGUGAAGAUCCUCUUUAACAAGAAGGACAGUGCCCUCAUUCAGCUGUCUGAUGGAAACCAGGCUCAGUUGGCCAUGAGCCACCUGAACGGUCAGAAGAUGUACGGUAAGAUCAUCCGCGUGACACUCUCCAAGCACCAGACAGUGCAGCUGCCCAGGGACGGGCUAGACGACCAGGGUCUCACCAAAGACUUUGCCAACUCGCCCCUGCACCGCUUCAAGAAGCCCGGCUCAAAGAACUUCCAGAACAUCUUCCCUCCCUCUGCUACCAUGCACCUGUCCAAUAUCCCGGAGGAUGUGACUGAAGAGGACCUGCGGUUGCUCUUCUCCAAUGCUGGUGGAACUGUGAAGGCUUUCAAGUUCUUCCAAGACCGUAAGAUGGCGCUGUUGCAGAUGGCCACAGUGGAAGAGGCCAUUCAGGCCCUAAUCGACCUGCACAACUACGACAUGGGAGGUGGACAUCGCCUCAGGGUGUCAUUCUCCAAGUCUACAAUCUGAAGCCCCCACCCCCCCAAAAAAAAAACCUUACACACUUGUACUCCCCCACCCUCCUUCUCCCCUCCAAAUCACACACACACACACACACAACCCCCUUUGGAGCUCAGACAAAACCCCAUCAUUCCUUUCGAGACCACAUUGAUACUGCAGAUUAUGGCUCCAUGUCACACUUUUGCUCUAAACUAUCCCUUCCUGAUUAUUUAAAAUCUUUCCUGUGUUUUUUUUUUUUUUUGUGGUUGGCAUUUUCUCUCCCUCCUCCUCUUCCUCCCCUCUGUUUGCCUGUGGAGAGUGGUAGUCCCCUUGUUUUUAAGUGUGAAUGGAUUGACAAAAGUGCCUUACCCAGCAAAAUAGCAUCAUCUUUUUGCUUCCUCCUUGUUGUGUGAAGGUGGUCAUGUUGAGGCGCAUUCUGCUGAGGUGGUGUAAGCGACGCAAUCUGUUCCCUCCCCGUAUCCCUUGAUCUCCCUCCACCCCAUCCCAAUCCCAACACGCUGUGAACAGUGGCAGAUACGCCCCCUGUAAGGUUUGACCCUCCCCAGCUGUUAUCUCCGGCUGAGUGAAAAAGCGAUGGCAAACACGGAUGAUUUUUGGUCCCACUUCCGCUCUGACAGUUGGCCAGCUUUUCUUUUUUAAGUGUAAACCUGAUGGCUGGCUUUCGCUCUUGAAAUCCGUGCUUUUGAACACUUUCCCCUUUAAUGGGAAGGAUUAAAUGGGUGUGUAUUUUACUUUGGAUUUAGAUGUCGGACCUAACUUGCUUCUUUGUGUUUUUUGGUCUGUUGUGUGUUUCGUUUCCCUCCAUUUUUAAGAAAACAGAAUACAUGAGAUUUUGUUUUAAGAGUAUAAGUUACUUAUGGGUGAUGGCAGUUUCUGGGGUGAGUUGCCAUGGCCCGAGCAUGGCCCAGGGGGAGGGGGGUUUUGACCAGAGCAGGGUGUUUGGGAGGCACCAGGAGAAAGGACUGUUGGGACCAAAGUCAAUGUGCCUUUCGUCUUACCUUACUCUGCAUUGUAAAAGAUGUUUCACCUCUGGAACCUUCUCUGAGCGUAGAACUAUAAACUUUUCCCCCUAAACCCAAACACAGCCCAUCCCAACACCCCAACCUCACCGCUCCACACCUUCGACCCCAAAGUCAGGGGCCUGUACCGCUUGUACGCUCCUCUCUGUUCCUGAGUAAAUCCCAACCCGAUUGUGCGAUCUGAGCUUCUGGGGGGGAGCUUCUGUAUAUUUUCUAUUUUGUUUUGGAGUUUUUACAUCUGUAGUAAAUGUAAAAUUCAGUAUAGUUUGGAAGUGGCACGAUUAAACUAAGUUCAUUUUCUACCAA